CACUUUGGGUCUAUAAAAGGUGAGCUCCACACGCCCCUUCAGCAGAACCGCGCAAACCGCUUCGUGGAGAAGAACUCCUCUGGAACGUGAAGAUUUGGGUUGAUCAAGGAGGAAGAAGAUGUCAGGACAGCCAGCAUAUCAGCAAAAAAAGCAGAACUCCAUUCUUCCUCCUGCGCUGACCAAGCCGACUCCAGAACCUGGCUCGGAACCGGAACCGCCAGCACCGGAUCAUGAAUCGAAACCUCGCCCUCCUGCAAACAAAGAACCCGAAAAUCCACCUCAAGAAGGAAACGGCUCCAAUGGUAAGAAGGACCCGCCUACCCAACCGCCAGCAUCUGGCAAUGAUAAGAAGGACCCACCCACCCAGCCUCCAACAUCUGACAAUGGUGAGAAGGACCCACCCACCCAGCCUCCAGCAUCUGGCAACGGUAAGAAGGACCCACCCACCCAGCCUCCUGCAUCUGGUACUGAAAAGGAGGAGGUGCCAGAGCCCAGUUCUGAACCCCCCGCAAGAGAGGAGAAGGAGCCUGCACCCCAGGCGGAGCAGCAAGUAAAGGAACCGGCGCCUUUGCCUCCAGCCCCGAGCAAAGAGCCCAGCAAGUCAGAUCGUCCCCCAGCCAAGGAGGCCGAAGGUCGUCUUCGCUCCCAGCCACGCCCGCCUGCAGGAGACAAUCACCAGCAGAAGAAGCAGGCAGCUCAGUGGCCACCUAAGUAGGCCCUCGCGCGGGAGGUGGGCGCAAAGUCAAAAUGGAAGUCGCCACUUCAGCCAAAGGGUGGUGGCCCUUCACUGGGGCUCCCUUUGAUUUGAUUUUGAUUUUAAGGUGAUGGUGGGGCAUGAAGUCAUUUUAAAAAAACGGUGAUGGCAAAAAAACGAAAUAAAUUGCACGGCUGAGCCAUUCGGGAUGCGUCACAGAAAACGUGAUCCGGAUAAAGAUGCAAUUCCAAUAAUCAUGGACCUGUAUAAAAAAGAAUCAACUAUAUAAUACAAACAUGCAAUUAGUCCAUGCCCACAAUGCACAGGGAAGGUAGGAAUGUUCCAGAAGGGACCGGAGGAUGAAAAAAAGUUCUCCACUGAACCAGAUGGUCUUUAGUCAGUCCUAGAAAUAAGCCCCCUUCCCUCAGUAGCAGCUAUAAGGCAGGAGACGAGCUCAAUUCGUCAUCUACAGUUCAUAUCCUGGAAGAGAGAUCCCUCUUCUCCACCUUGAGAAAGGAAAGCUCUUCAAAAGAAUCUUGGUCAAACAUGCGAUUUUUUUCCAGCAAAUCAA